AGCCGUCCAGCCAGCUGGAGGUUAGCGCUUGCAGUUAGCAACAACUUGAAUGCUACGUUAGCAGCGAGUGCACUGUUUUUUUUUAUUUGCAUAUCUACAUACAUAUACACAACGCUUAUAAGUGCCAUCACUGGUUGAAGAAUGUGCAAAUUUACAAAUCGUCUCUUUGUCUUCACGCUGCUGGCGCUAUUUGGCAUACCCAGAUCGUUGCUGGUGGAUGCAGCAGCUACUCGAGAGCAUCGCAAAGGUCCGGAAGAUGUCAACAUUUUGGAUCUACUAUCACUUGGCGGCUCUGACAACAACUACGACGUGCAUUACGAUCAGCGGCAGAAAGGCGAUGAGAAUUUACGUGUAAGAAUGGAUGGGGUCUUCAUUGAAAUGCCACCAGAUAACAAUGAGGGGGUGGCUGACGACUUGAUGAAGGAAAUUCUAUCCUAUCUUCUUUAUGCUGGUGAAGGUGAGGAGCUGCUGUUGGGCUUGACUGAUGUGCAGAGCAGCAGAGAUUCUACAAAGUCGCCAGAGAAAUUGCAACAGCUUGGAGUGUUGAAAGAAAACAAGCUGGAAUCAGAACAGCGUUCAGAAGCGCAGCAGCAUAAUGUUAUAGAUACAGUGCCAGAACGCGAAGUAGAAGGCAGAAAUGGAUUGAACUCUCAACGCGGCAGCUUACUGGCCGAAAAUAGGGAACCCGAGUCGAAGCGUGUGGGUGUGAUCACAAAGCAUCAUUUUAAUACUUUGCUGAAUUUAUUGAAACGUAUGCGUCGGAACUGAAAGCAAGGGUACCGCACUUUUUAGUACAUGCAAUGAUUUAUAAUUUGGCAUUCAAAGGACUUAGAUAAGAGAAA